CGCUGGGAGCGCCCCCGAGCGCCGGCACUCCCGGGAUGGGCGUCACCGGCCCCGCAGCCGGCCCAGUGAAUCCAGAGGGCUGGAAUUAGGAAGGCAGUGGAUGGAAUACACAAUGGCUGAUCCACACCUAGCGAGGCUGAAGCUGCAGAGGCAUCUGGAAGCGGUGUCGGAGCGGCAGCAGCUGGCCCUGCGCCGGAACUGUGCCCUGCGCCAGGAAUUCCUGCAAGUGGGGGCUCACAUGGACACCAUGGCCUGGGACAGCAUCCGGGAGAUGGAAGAAUGGUACGGGAGGGAAAUUAAAAACCUGUUAUCCCUUCGAGAGGGCAGCUUGUCAGCAGGAGGUGACAAGGAGGAAGGAUCCAGCAAGCAGGUGCUGCAGGCAGGGAUUGGCAGCAGCAGAGUCGUGCCAGGAGAGCUGGGCCAGCCAGCAGCAGCCUUCCUGGGCUACCCCACUCCAGCUGCCUUGGCCACAAGAGGUUUGGGCUUGCAGCAGGAGCCACCAUCCCUGGAGGGGCUCAGUCCCAACAGUGCUGCUGGAGAGAGUGAGGAGGAGAGAGCAUUGGGACACGGGAAUCUGGCUGCCAGUGAGGAAGGCUCUGAGCAGCUCAGAUCAGCCUCUGGUGCCAAAGCAGCCGCCCCGAGGCCGGGACAGCAGCAGAGAAGUGCUCCAGGGGCAAAGCCUGGCCUGAGCAGGCAGGGCAGCAGUGCCGAGCUCCCGGUCCCUGCUGAGGAGGAAGAGGAGGAGGAGGAGAUGAGGCCGAGCAUUCCCGACAUGCAGCAAGAGCAGGGCAGGGAUGCCCAGGCUCUGGAGCCCUUGGGCAGCUCAGCACCACACAGGCCCGAGCUCUUGGAGCUCUGCCACACGCUGCAGCUCCUGCAGGACCUGGUGGAGAGGACGAGCCCCCAGCACCGGGCACUGUACCAGGGACAGCCCUCGGAGCUGCCCAGUGCUGGUGCUGGAGCUGGCAGGCUGGCUCAGGGUGACCUGGAGGAAAUGGAAGCCGCGGUGCUCCAGCAGCUCCGACAGGCCGUGUCCCCAAGGAGCGGGAGCCUCCCAGACGAGCACACCAGGGACACGGACGCGCUGAGGACUCUCCUGAGCCACCAUGGCUCGUUCCUGAAGCAGCACCGGGUUCGGCUCCCGGAGGGGGUGGCAGAGAUGUUUGAGCAGCUGCUGGCUUCGGGAGAGGAGGGGCAGGAUGGCCAGGUGCUGAGAGAGGCCCUUCCAGGAGAGCCUGGGGAUAUGCCACCUGUCCAGAGUGAUGAAUCCUCUCUCGGCCUGCCAUCGAUCCCGACCAACAGAGGGGAAGGAAAGCAGAGGGAACUGGCACGGAGAGACCCAGGGGAUCACGGCCACGAUAGUCCCGAAGGAAGUCUGGGCACGCAUUUGGAAAGCAGCUCUGUGUCAGAUGGAAGCACUCCUCUGUUUUACAGGACUGAAUUGCGGAAGGAGACGGUAGCUGCCAUAAAAUCCAAAGCUGAUCAAGAAGAAGAAAUGCAUAAAAUGUCCAUUUGUAAUUCAGCACGUUUUGAAACAGAGUAG